AUGCCAGAAUCGCCAGCCCUCUACCCAAAACUCGAAUCCUACGACCAAGGAUUCCUCAAGGUUUCCUCCAUCCACACCGUCUACUAUGAGCAGUCCGGAAACCCCUCCGGAAAGCCCGUCAUCUACCUCCAUGGCGGUCCCGGUGGUGGAGUCUCCUCCCACGACCGUCGUUACUUUGACCCUUCAGUGUACAGGAUCAUCCUCUUGGACCAGCGUGGUGCGGGCAAAUCGACCCCUACGGCCUCUUUGGAGGAUAACACGACUUGGGCGUUGGUGGAGGAUAUUGAGAAGUUGAGAGAGCAUCUCCAGAUUGAGAAGUGGGUUGUCUUUGGUGGUUCUUGGGGAAGCACCCUCAGUUUGGUGUAUGCUCAGGAGCACCCUUCCCGUGUCAAGGCCUUGAUCCUCCGCGGUAUCUUCAUGUUGCGUCAGUCCGAGCUCAGAUGGUUCUACGAGCAGGGUGGUGCCUCCAACAUCUUCCCCGACGCAUGGGACAAGUAUGUCGAGCCUAUCCCCGAAAACGAGCGCGACAACUUUAUCGCCGCCUACCACAAGCGUCUCACCGGCUCGGACGAAGAAGAGCGCAUCCGCUGCGCAAAGGCCUGGUCGACCUGGGAAUGCUCCACCUCCAAGCUCUACGUCGACCCCGUCGAAGUCGCCAAGGCCUCCGAGGACAUCUGGGCUCUGGCUUUUGCUCGUAUCGAAUGCCACUACUUCUUCAACAAGGGCUUCUUCAAGACUGAUGCUCACAUCCUCGAGAACGUCGACAAGAUCCGUCAUAUCCCUGCAACGAUUGUUCAGGGUCGUUAUGAUGUUGUCUGCCCUGCGACUUCGGCUUGGGACUUGCACAAGGUCUGGCCUGAGGCCCAGUUUGAGUUUAUGGCGGAUGCAGGUCAUUCCGCCAAGGAGCUCGCGACCACUGCUCGCCUUGUCCAGGCUGCCGACGAGUACAAGUCUCUGUAA